AUGGGACAUACCAAGAGCAAGGAACUGGAUGUGACGGCUCUUGAGACCACGCUCGAGCUGGUCAUGUUGGGUUGCGAGGUUGUACUCGUUGGUGGCGGUAGGGCCGGUCUCGCCGUCCACGUCGACAUCGCCGAACUCCUUCUCGAGCUCCUUGCGCAUGAUUGCGGUGGUGCACUAGGAGACGUCUGGGGGAGAAAUAUUAAAGAGUGGGUAAAUGGGCACCGAAACUAUCGCCAGGACAGCAACCCAAAGCGAUUAUCAGGAUGGUUGAAGUGGAAACCAGAUCAACCAAAGUGGCAAUGGGGAGAGAUUUAUACCCAGACCGAAAACAACGGGUCAACGCGCAAGGGGACGCCCAGAUAA